GAGCGCGGAACUGGGCUCAUUCAACCCCUGUAACCAGCAGCAUUAAUGCUAAUGUCAUACAUAGAAUCGCCUCCUUCUCACACUGCUCUUAGAGUCUUUCCUUAUCCUGCCUGCGCAUUAAUACCUCGCAAUCUCAACUAUUUUCAAAGGAGUUUUUAACUAACUACUUUGAGGGUGAAAUUUACAGCCAUCAUUUUAAAAUCAGCGGCAUCAAUUCUGAAGUAAUGGAAUUGCGUACGGAGCUUUCCAGCACCCCGACGACUCAGACAGCUAUACCUGUCUCGGUGGCGGGCACGCUCCUUCGUGCUCCGCCUUUGCUUCUACGCGCCACCGAGAAGUACCCCAGGACUCCCAAGUGCGCCCGUUGUAGGAACCAUGGGGUCGUCUCGGCUUUGAAGGGCCACAAACGUUACUGUCGCUGGAAGGAUUGCAUGUGUGCCAAGUGCACCCUGAUCGCAGAGAGACAGAGGGUGAUGGCGGCCCAGGUGGCCCUGAGAAGGCAGCAAGCACAGGAAGAGAACGAAGCCCGGGAGCUGCAACUUCUGUACGGGACGGCGGAAGGAUUGGCUCUCGCAGCAGCCAACGGUAUGAUGCCGUCCCGAUCUUCUUACGACGUGUUUGGUUCUGUCUGCUCCGACGGUAACGCAGAAACUAAACUCCAGAAGUAUGAGUUGUUUCAAAAAAGUUUAAUGCCGAGAGCUGUUACUCCUCAACAGUCCUUGGCGAAGCCGAUGGCCGGAGACAGCGAGUCGGGCACUGGCAGUGUCCCCGGGACCUCCUCUCCAGAUGUUCGUCACGGAUCUGGGUCUGAGAACGGAGAUGGAGAAUCAUUCCUCAGUUCCCCUAUCUGCAAAGUCUUAAAGGAAGGAGAAGAUAGCCCAAGGACCAUCACGCCGCUGGGCUCUGACUCCGGCUCAGAGGCAGACAAGGAUGAGCGAGACGGGACCACGUCCACAGGUGCCCGUCAAAGGACUCCCAUAGAAAUUCUCACCAGGGUUUUCCCUUCGCACAAAAGAAGCGUUCUAGAGCUGGUCCUCCAGGGUUGUGGAGGGGACGUUGUCCAAGCUAUCGAGCAGAUCCUGAACAACAGAGAACAAGAAAAGAUAACGGAAGAAACCUGGCACCGAGAUAGGACUCACCAGACUGUUCAAGGACCUACAUCACAUCGACCUCUGGUAGCUGGGACUGUGCCGCCGGCCAUUGGGACUCUGGGCAACAGGUCUGCUUUCUCGCCACUCCAGCCUAAUGCGGCCCAUUUUACUGCAGAUCCCAACACCUAUGCCAUUGGGCCACAUCUAGGACUCAAUCCUCUUCGCUUAGCAUAUUCAGCCCAUAGCAGGGGACUUGCUUUCAUGACGCCUUAUUCCACGACGGGUCUUGUCCCAACAUUGGGCUUUCGUCCACCCAUGGAUUAUGCCUUCAGCGACCUCAUGCGAGAUAGGUCCAAUUUACACAAAGAUCAAGUGUAUACUAAUGGACUUUACGGAUCAGUUGUAAAUAAUAACCCGGAUAAACAGUAAGUUGCAAAACUCUAAAGCGUCUUAAAACUGCCGCAAAGCACUGGUGGAAUGUUGGAAAUUGUCUCAUGCCUGUUUUGUUAUUUUUUAAAACAUGCACGAGAGGAGUCAAAUAUUUACAGCAUUAAAAUAAACAUUGUACAAUAACGUGCUAACGUGCAAUUUUGUUAUAACAGUAUAUUUCGCUGGUAUUGUAAUUCAUAGCCAUAAUCACGGAGUUCCUUUGAUUAUUGUGUACCUAGAUUUUCAAGUGUAAUGUCUAAACACAACAGAAUUAAUCCUAAAUUAUUAAUGUAAUAUGUAGAAAAUACGAUAUUCUAAUGGAACAGCGGUCAACGUUCUACGUACUAAAGGUGCGGAGUAAAUAUAUUGUAGAUUUGAGUCGGGGCUUAUUUUGCGACUGUUUCAAGUAGAUGAUGGGAAAUGUGUAUAUAACAAACGUACUGGAAGUUAGCUGCGUUUAUAAUUGUAUUUAGGAAAAGCUACAGCAAGUCAGUAGCGCAAUGUUUGUAUACUUGCACUGUAUAUAGAAGCUCGCCGCUGAUCUGUGUUCGUUCUAGCUUUUUUUGUGUAAGGCAGUUAAAGUUAUGUGUUUGCAUUUGAUAGAAAUAAAGGUUAUUUUGUAAAC